CCUCUGAGAUAAAAAGGUGAUACCACAGCAGAACGACAUUCUGUAUUGUAAGCAUCAUUUCUUAGACGACUUGGAGGAACGAGCGAUUUUGUGUUGUCUUUUUGCCGCUCCCGUUUUGUUUUCUAGAACCAUGGAAAGUUCCAGGCUGUGGAUGAGAGUCGCAAUCUGCGUGGUUUUGCUGUUCUUUGAAUGCAGUGCUGAAACUGGAGACUUUGACAAAAGAGCUCUGACUGAUUUAUAUCCCAAAGACCCUAACCUUACCAACGAAAAGGAGCUUCUGGGAGCUUUGCAAGAAGUGCUUGAAAAACUACAGAGUAAGCGAGUGCCUGCAUGGGAAAAGAAAUUUGGCCAAGUUCCGACGUGCGACGUGGGGGAGCAAUGUGCUGUCAGAAAAGGAGCUAGAAUCGGCAAACUGUGUGACUGUCCCAGGGGUGCAAUUUGUAACUUCUUCCUUCUGAAGUGUUUGUGAAGAACCAAGCCAAAUCUGAAAAGUCCGUUGUAACAAUUGUAUAAAAAACUAAAAAGAAAA